GGAAUCCCUUCGAACUGUCUCUAAAUACUAUUGUAAAAAAUAACAAACUGGCAAAUAACCUAAGUUUUGCAUUUCUUUGUGUCUUUUCUCGUACUUAAAUUCAAAAUCCCCCAGCCUGGUUCCGACAUUUUUCCGCGGGUUCCAUUUGUAGAAGCUAAGGCUCAAGGAUCCUACAAAGCAACAGCUCUUAAUGCCACCUCUACGUCUAUACCAUGACCGACGAUAAUCACAGCACCACCAACGCCUCGCUCCGAUCACGACAACAAGCCAAAGCCAACAUGGGGGCGACGAACGGCGAGCCUUCGUCGUCGUCCUACUCUUCUUCUCCCCCCACCUCAUCCUCGUCCCCGAACGCGAAACGCAACUCCCCGUACCUGCCGACGCCCCUCGAGACGGCGGUCCUACUAGCGUACCCGACGAUCCUCGUCUUCGGGGCGCUGUUCUCGGCGCUGAGCCCGGAGACGCGGCACGCGGCGUACGAUCCCGUGAGGCAGUCGCACGUCGCGGGCGAGGCGCCGAGCUACUUCGCGCGCAAGGACAACGUGUUCAACGCGCUGUUCGUGAAGCAGGGGUGGGCGUGGAUCACGGCCGCGUUCGCGGCGUUCGCGGCCACGCACCCCGUUUUUGGCAAGUGGGGGAAUGAGGGGAGCGAGGCGGGAACGAUAAGAAGACUGAAAGCGACGCUGAGGUGGGCGCUGGUUACGGCGUGGUGGGUCCUGGUUACGCAGUGGUGCUUCGGCCCCCCGAUCAUUGAUCGCGGGUUUAGGUUCACGGGCGGCAAGUGCGAUGGCGCGAGCGAGGCGGCGAGGGAGGGCGACGCGGAUGCGGCGCAGCUGUUUACGGCGGUCGCGUGUAAGGCCGCCGGGGGACGGUGGAGCGGCGGCCAUGAUAUUAGCGGGCAUGUCUUCUUGCUUGUGCUCGGUAGCUGCUUCCUAAUGCAGGAGGUCGGGUGGGUGGUCUACCGCGCCGCGAGGGCCGGCUGGGAUGAGAGGUGCGUGGUUAUGCCCGACGGCGCGGUCAAGGGCGCGGGUGUUGAGGCCGAGAAGAGCUGCGCCGAGGAGGAGAGGGCGCUCGGGUACGGGGGCAGGUUCGCGCUGGCGGUUGUGGGGUUGUGCUUGUGGAUGCUGCUUAUGACUGCUAUCUACUUUCAUACGUGGUUUGAAAAGUUCACCGGCCUGUUGGUAGCUGGAAUGGGCAUCUACCCCGUUUACAUCCUCCCGCGGUGGAUACCGGCUUUGAGAGCGUUCGUCGGAUUGCCCGGGAUAUAACACCACGAAGAAACAGACGGGAAUGGGUAUUUGUAAGAAUGCGUUAACAGAUACAUUAUAAUAGCAUGACGAGUCACCAGUUGAAAGAUAGACCUUGAGUAUUAUUAACUAAUGAUAUUAUUAUCGCAUGAAAUAUAUGCGUUAUUACGUCGUAUAGUGCCUGUUGUGGUUUAUGGAUGCGAGAUGUAAUUACAAUUGACGAACGAGAAAUAUGUUUUAAACGGGUGGACUCCCAAAAAGCAAACUUCAAGACAUGGCGGAAACAUUCGCCUGGAGAACAUAUCAUGUAGGGAAGAUUUUUUAAGACUAUUCACAGUCCAUUAAAUGU